GAAUUGUGUUUGCACAACACGGUAAGGAUUUGGACAGCGGUGGUGAGAGCGUUCUGAGAGCGCAGCUCCACGUUUUGGCCUCCGCCAUUAGCCUUUCGUCUCCCCCCUAAUCCCUCCCUCUCUCUUUAACUCCGAUUUCCCUUCCCUGUUCUCGAUUCGCGAGGAGACGACCGAGACAAGCCCUAACCCUACCGAUACCUCGAUCCUAUCUUCGCCUUAUCCUGCGGCGCCUCCAGCCACCACCGCGGCUCCUGGUAAUGCCGAACUCCCGCCGCCGCCAUCCAGGAAGAUCUAAGCGCGAUCGCACGCCGUAGUUGAGCAGUCGAUCAUUGGAAGGGACCUCCAGGAAUUUAAUGUGGGUGUGACUUGCAUGGGGAGAGGAUGCCCGAGCUGCGAAGUGGAGCCCGACAAGCUCGUUUGAAAUCCAAGAAACUUGAUGAUAUUCCACCCCCUCCCCAGCGCAUUGACCAAGCUGAAAACUGGGUAUUGCCGACAACAAAUAGAACAGGAAGGCGUGGUGGUGCAGGUAGAGGAAGGGGCUCGAAUGCUGCAGCAGUAGUGAAAGGGCCUUCAGCUACACCAGUUAGGCCUACAGUUGGUGGUAGAGGAAGAGGUAUUACGCUGAUUGAUUUGGACCCCGAUCAGCCCUGUGAAAUUCUACCUGGGGCUGCUGUUGGGGGAGCUGCUGUUCCGGGUGCCCAAGGCUUCAUUUUGAAUCAAGCUGCUGAGGGCAUUGCUGAUAAAGACUUGGCAAUGGAUGGUGGAAGUGCUGAAAAACUGAUGGGAGCUGAAGACGAUGGGAGUGCAGCUCCUGUCCCUGAGAGGGUUCAAGUAGGUAAUUCUCCUAUGUAUAAAAUAGAAAGGAAAUUGGGUAAAGGUGGUUUUGGUCAGGUCUAUGUUGGCAGAAGGGUAUCUGGUGGAACAGAGCGUACAGGACCAGAUGCCUUUGAGGUGGCAUUGAAAUUUGAGCACCGUAGUAGUAAGGGUUGCAACUAUGGCCCGCCAUACGAGUGGCAAGUUUAUAACACCCUUAAUGGAUGUUAUGGAAUACCAUGGGUUCAUUACAAGGGCCGUCAAGGAGACUACUACAUUCUGGUGAUGGAUAUGCUUGGGCCUAGUCUUUGGGAUGUUUGGAAUUCUGUAGGCCAAGCGAUGUCAGCAAACAUGGUAGCUUGCAUUGCUGUAGAGGCCAUAUCGAUUCUCGAGAAGCUUCACUCAAAGGGGUUCGUGCAUGGAGAUGUCAAGCCGGAAAACUUUUUACUUGGUCAGCCUGGAACUGCUGAUGAGAAAAAGCUCUUUCUUAUCGAUCUUGGUUUGGCAUCAAGAUGGAAAGAAACAUCAUCAAGUCAACAUGUGGAUUAUGAUCAAAGGCCAGAUAUAUUUAGGGGAACCAUAAGAUAUGCAAGUGUGCAUGCCCAUUUAGGUCGUACAGGAAGCCGGAGGGAUGACCUAGAGUCCUUGGCCUACACUUUAAUAUUCCUUAUCAAAGGAAGGCUACCCUGGCAAGGCUACCAGGGAGAUAACAAGAGUUUUCUUGUUUGUAAGAAGAAAAUGGCUACUUCCCCUGAGUCAUUGUGUUGCUUCUGCCCUGCUCCAUUCAAACAAUUACUUGAAAUAGUGACAAAUAUGAAAUUUGACGAAGAGCCAAAUUACACCAAGCUCAUUUCCCUUUUCGAGGGUUUGAUUGAACCAUGCUCUCCGCUGAGACCUAUCAGAAUUGAUGGAGCUUUAAAGGUUGGGCAGAAACGUGGAAGAUUGCUAGUGAAUCUUGAAGAAGAUGAGCAACCUAAGAAAAAAGUCCGACUGGGAAGCCCAGCAACUCAAUGGAUUUCAGUUUACAAUGCUAGGCGACCCAUGAAGCAGAGAUACCAUUAUAAUGUAGCAGAUGCAAGACUUCAGCAACAUAUUGAAAAGGGCAAUGAAGAUGGUUUAUUUAUCAGUUGUGUGGCAUCAUCAGCGAACCUUUGGGCUCUCAUCAUGGAUGCAGGAACAGGUUUUUCUUCCCAGGUUUAUGAGUUGUCACCUAUGUUCCUGCAUAAGGAUUGGAUUAUGGAGCAGUGGGAGAAGAAUUAUUAUAUUAGUGCGAUAGCUGGUGCUGCUAAUGGAAGUUCAUUGGUUGUUAUGUCUAAAGGAACCCCUUAUACUCAACAGUCUUAUAAAGUUAGCGAAUCAUUUCCUUUCAAGUGGAUCAAUAAAAAGUGGAAAGAAGGUUUUCAUGUUACAUGUAUGACUACCGCUGGCAGUCGUUGGGGGGUAGUCAUGUCAAGGAACUCUGGCUAUUCUGAUCAGGUUGUAGAGCUGGAUUUUCUUUACCCAAGUGAAGGAAUCCACCGUCGGUGGGAGAAUGGUUACAGGAUAACUUCUACAGCAGCAACUCCUGAUCAAGCUGCCUUUAUACUGAGCAUACCGAAAAGAAAAUUGAUGGACGAGACACAAGAAACUCUUCGAACUUCUGCUUUUCCUAGUAACCAUGUAAAGGACAAAUGGGCCAAGAAUCUUUAUAUUGCUUCAAUCUGCUAUGGCCGGACUGUGUGUUGAUGAUGCUUAGCUGCAUAUGUGUUUCAUGAGUGGAAGCUAUUGACUAUCAAUUUUGAAAGAUGAGGGGCUUGUUCAUGAAUAGUGCUGCAGUUUUUUAUGUUUGGGUUGCAGUUUUAGAUUUGUCUUCCUAUAAGUAGAAGAAAAUGAAAAAGAAGUGUGGCCUCCCUCAUACUUCCUCAUCCCUGUAUAAAUAUUCCAAAGUUCAUGCUAUAGACCAACUGUAGCCCUAUCGCUUUUGAUCUGAAUAUUUGCUUACAUUAUAUAUUUUUGUUUUUGGAAAUUGAAGCCCAAGUUGGGUUUUCUAUAA